UUUGUGCAGCCUCCAGUCAUGGUUUCACAACAUCCCAUGCUGGGAUCAUCAUUGGUGCCGUUCUCGUAAUCUGCAUCCUCAUCGCCAUCUUCAUUGGCUGUUUCCAACACAGAUGGUGCAAAACACAGAAUCUGGCCCUUGAUAGUCAUAUCAGAAGCAACGGCCAUGGACCAAAUCACACCAAUUUAACUGGAAUGCAUGAACUGGAAUCUCGAACUCCUAUGCUUAUCCGACUCUCAGAAAACGAGAAUUCUGACGCAAAGGGUGGAGGGCACUUGAUGUUUACUUCUAGCGGAACACCAAUUAAUGGUUACCGAGUCUCCAGUGGUUUAAACGGUCACAUUCCUAACGGCCACACGACCAGUUUUAUAGCUACGUGUCUGGACAAGGGCCUGACUGGCGACAGUGGGUGUGUCAGUGUUGGCAGUGGAGUUGGUGGUGGAGUAGCAGGGGAUAACGACACCCACCACAGCCCUAACGAUGCUGACGACACCAAAGAACGUGGUGAAGAAUCGCAGGGUAUGGAACAAACGGAGCCCCUUUUGUCGAAAAGAGGGAAACCUGAAAGUCAAUUGGAACAGUCUACCUCGCAAGCUCCAAACCAAGAUGACACAGGAGAUGUGAAGUCCAGCUCUGAUGUUGCUGAUACAGGGACCACCAAUGGGCCCUCGUUAUCAGCCACAGAUCCUGGCACGACGAUAUCUCCUCCUUGUGAACAAACUGCAAAUGUAACGCAGGAUGGUGCACCGAGCACAUGCAACGUGCGCCCACACACUCAAUCAAAUGUCCCCUCGAAACAUGUGACUGAAGAUGGAGGAUGUAACACUGGCAGGGUAACUGAUGCAGGCUGUUCCAAUAACGAGAACGGCCUCGAUGCAUCAGUGGAAUCUCCUACAGACAGCACACCAAUCACUCCUCGUGCUGGAACUCACGUUGAGCACGACCAACCGGGGAAAUCUAACAGAAACCAAUAUCUUACUUCUACCUCAAAUUCUCUCCUACCACACACUGACCUUGGGGUCUCAUCCACAAACACUAAUGUACCUCCUCCUCCGUCGUCGACGAUACCGACCACCAACACUAAUAAUACAACUACUAGCUCAACAGGCAUUGUUAAUAAUAAUUCGACAAGCUCCUACACCCCAACAACCUCUGACACCUCGUGUGUCGAUUCUGCACCAAACUGCAGCCAUACCUCACUAAAGUCAUCACAUCCACAACAGAGUCCUCAGGAAGUUUACAGUAAAAUUCCUAACAAUCCAUUGUUAGCCAGCCACAGCAAUCUUCCUCCCAACAGCAGUGUUCUUGGAUACAAAGCAACAGUUCAAAGUUCCGACGAGAACCACCACCAUUAUCAACCACAGAGACCAUUACCGACAGACCAACAGCGCCCUCUACUGCUUGACUCCAGCAGUGUGUGUGCUAGACCAACAAUCUUGGCAGGCAAUUUAGAGUUAGACAUAGUGUAAAACUUUAGAACAGUUAGCUUGUUUGUCCCAUCAACUCUUGGGUCCCUCUUUCACGUGGAAGUUGGUCCCUUAAUGCCUUUUCUUCAAGGGUAAACAAACCAACCCUCUCCAACAGAUGCGGGUAUUUUUUCAGAAAUUUUUUCUCUCCCUCUCUCUCUCUCUCUCUCUCUUACUUUCUCUCCCUCUCUCUCUCUCUCUCUCUCUCGCUCUCUCUUGUAUAUGUGUAUAUUAUUCAAACCAUAAAAUC